AUACUUAAUAGCGUUACUGUCAAAGUGGGGUUUGCUGCUUUAUUAUUGUUACUCAACGCCCUUUGCAAGCAGUGUGGAGCAGCAGUGUCGAGGCGUGAGUCAGGCCGUGUAGGAGGAGUCUAAGUAAGAUGGCUGCGGGAAAGGGAAGAGUGUCUAAGAAAUGACCAAGUGGGAUGUUUAUCAGUCGUUAACAGGAUGCACAUCAGCCUGAACGAAGGAGUUGUUUAUGUGUCAGCUUCUCCGGUUCACUAUGACCUAGCUCGCCUGUUGUCUCCAGGUUUCGUCCUCUCUGCUCGUCCGUUUACUGCUCUGACAUUGUGGAAUUCAUUAGCAGCUAGUCGUUAGCAACCCAGCAACGCUAACUUACCAGCAGCCAGCUAGCAGGCAUCCGUGGACAUCAGAACCUCACAACAACUGUUAAGACAUAAACAAACAUCCAAGAGUGCCCGUCCUGACCGGCUAUGGAGUGGUGUUGGCUUCAGACUGGAUGACAGGGUCUACAGGGCGGACAGGGUCGAACAGUCUGUAAAGCCCUUUUCUUGGAUGUACCCUGACUGGCAGUGACGGUCCCUACAGCUGACCUCCUUUACCUCCUCCUACACUUUCCUUUCCUUUUUCACCCUUCCCUCCUCCCCUAACCUUCCCAUUCUCUGUCUUACACCAUUUUUUAUGUCCCUCUGAAUUUCUUUUUCUGGCAUGACCUAACCUUUCAAUAGACCAGCUUCCUUCUUUUGAAUUCUUGUGACUUUUGACCUGCCCCCCCCCCCUCGUGGUCCAGCAUGAGCUGGCUGAGCAGACUAAACCCCCGGGGUCCCGGGACUAGAUCUGGCCGUAGUGCUGCCCCCUCCAGCCCUUGCACUGCUGACCCAGAGACCUGCCUAAUGGUCUUUCAGAACCACUGGAGACAGGUCUCUUGGGUGUUGGAGCAGCACGAGCCUUCUUCCUCCAGUGAUGACCUGACAGCAGUGAGGAAUCACACAGACCAGAUGUUAUGUUUGCUGGCAGAGGAGCGGCCUGCUGAGUGCUCGGAGGGAGGUGCCAGUGUGCCACCCAUGGGUCCCAUACUGGAGCUGGUAGUCACAGAGAAUAUUCUGGAGUGCCUGGUUCAGUGGCACCUCCGCCGUGGCCUGGACCCAGACAGCCAGGGGGCGCUGCUCAAGCUGUUUGAGAUGCUCAUCGGCCAGUCCCAGCAGCCUCUGCUGCAGCACACAGCCGUUCUCCACCCCCUGCUGAGGCUGAUGGGAGCUUGUGCAGACCCAGAUCUUGGUUGUCCUCCAGUCCUGGAAAACAGCCUGGUUCUGCUGCUCAACCAGGUGUGUGUGACCAUGGCCCGACAGCCAGUGGUUCUAGAGAUGUUGUUCCGGGCAGCACCGGCCCAGCAGGGCUCCACCAAUCUCCUGAUCUUUUCCCUCCUCGUGCCAUUUAUCCACCGAGACGGAGCCAUCGGACAGCAGGCCCGAGACGCACUACUGCUGGUCAUGGCGGCUUCGGCCAGCCAUGAAGCCGUGGCGCGCUACAUUGCUGAGAACUCCUACUUCUGCCCGGUGUUAGCGACAGGCCUCAGUGCCCUGUACUCCUCUCUGCCCAGGAAGAUUGAGGUUAGAGGAGACGACUGGCAUGCCCUGCGGCGGGAGGACUGGAUAGGCGUGUCGUCACUUGUGCUAUUUAUGAACUCUCUUGAGUUCUGCAAUGCUGUGGUGCAAGUAGCUCAUCCCCUGGUCCGCUACCAGCUCCUGGACUACCUCCACAAUGGCUUCCUUGUACCUGUGAUGGGCCCUGCCCUGCACAAGUCAUCGGUGGAUGAGAUGAUCGCCAGUACCGCCUACCUGGAGCUUUUCUUGCGUAGUGUGACAGAAACUUCCCUCCUCAAAACCUUCCUGCGUUUCAUCCUGCUGCAUUGCCACGACAACGACACCAUCCUGGACACACUUCUCACGCGCAUCAGCAGCAAUUCAAGGCUCUGUAUGGUAUCACUGAGCCUUUUCAGGACUCUGCUCUCCCUGCACUGUGAAGACAUCAUGCUGCAGCUUGUUCUCAGGUAUCUACUGCCCUGUACCCAUGUAAUGUUGAGUCAACGUCGUGCUAUCAAGGAGACUGACAUUUAUGGAAAGUCGGCAGACAAGUUCCUAUCACUCAUCCCAGAGUGCUGUCGGUUGAAUGCAGCAUCCUCUACUGAGCGGGAUGAAGACAAUCCAUUCUGGGGCAAGGUGCUGAACAGUCCAAGCACAGAGACAUCGGUCCCGCCAAGACCCAGCACUCCAUCCCGCUUAGCCUUCUUCAUCCGCCAACAAAGCAGUAGUGGAGGGUCAGGAGGAGGGGGUCCCUCUACCCCCAGCAGCAUGGAACCUCUGCAGACGGGUACUUCCAGCCCCCACCCCUUAUCCCCUGACAGCCCGAUGCACCAGCAGCACCCACACACAGAGUGUCUGGACUGGGACUCUGGUUACCUGGAGUACCUCAAAGAUGCCCGACGGGACAUUGAGCUCUGCUCUUGGGCCUGUCGUGACUGGUCGGCACCCUAUGAUGGAGAAAACCCCUCCCCCAACACAGCUCCUCCACCCCCACCCCCUGUUGUCUCAAACCCCUCCAUGACUAUAUUCCCUGAGCACUUUUCUUUUCAGCAGGGAGGAAGCACUAAUACCCCUCCUGGCCAGCAGAGGGCAGCCAUUGUGGCAGCUGCGCGGUCUGAGUGGAGCAGCUCAGAGCGGGACAGCGGUGAGUGGGAUAUUACCAUUGGCAAAAACAGCUGCAUCACCCUUACACCACGCUCCAAGAAACGCAGCCUGCAGAGAGAGGAGCUUCUGCCGAAGCCUGUACCUCCUCUCGUCCCAUCCUCCUCGUCUUCAGCCACCCCUCUAUCAACCCCCCACGCUGCCUCGCCCCCAGCCCCUCACACUCCCUCGUCAGCCAUCACUGUCAGCUAUCAGGCCAUGUAUAACGGAACAAUUAGGCAGGUUGAUGGAUGCUCAGACAGUCGAGACAGAGGCUUGGAGGUCAAGAAAGUGAAGAGAGACUUGGGAGAGAGGCAGUAUUUGGAUGAAAAUGCAAAUCAAAAUGGUUCCCUCAUCUCACACCCCCCCCAAAGCUGCACUAGUGUCCCACAGUCCAUUUUUAACAACAGUGACAUCAGUGAUGCAAAACCUCUUUGUCCUAACCAGAUUUCCUCACAGAGCUCCAUUUCCCUGCCAACUUCUGACACCAGACUGCUGACCAGCGACACCUCAAACUCACACAGUGCAUCCACAGAUCUUCCAGAAACCAACCAGAUGCAACAGUCUGUAGAGAGUCUCAUUGAGGAGCUGCUGGAGCAGGCACCAGGAGACCCUCUGCCACCUGGAGACUCCAAUGGUCAGGGCAUCAGCAUCGAGGCCUUCACACAGGAACUGAGGGAGCUGGAGGAUCGAGUGAAGGAGCGCAGCAGAACAGCCAUCUUUCAGAAGGAGGACACGGCCAUAGAAUCCCAGAACACUGAGCAGAAGGAGGAGGAACAGAAGUUGUCCUCAGUCCUGGAGGUGAAGCCGUCAGGUGACACAAAAGCAGAGGGGUCGGUAUUGGGCAUUUGUAGUCCUUCCAGACCACUCAAUCAGCCGGCACCUCAGCCAUACACAGGGCCAUUUAUGCUGGUUCUGUUUUCCAAGCUGGAGAACAUGCUCCAAAACUCACUGUACGUCAACAUUCUGCUCACGGGCAUCGUAGCCCAGCUGGCCUGUUAUCCUCAGCCCCUCCUGCGCUCCUUCCUGCUCAACACCAACAUGGUCUUCCAGCCUAGUGUCAAGUCACUGAUCCAGGUUCUAGGUUCUGUGAAGAAUCGCAUUGAGGCAUUCGCAGCCUCCCAUGAGGACUUUCCUGCCAUGCUGAAGAAAGCCCAGCAGUACCUUGUGGCCCGAGGCAAAGUGGACUGGACUGACUCGCCUGCAGCUAUUCCCACCCUGCGGCGCUCUGAUUCAUUAGUGAAGAGUCGCAAGCCAUCUCUUGGAGACUUGAUCCUUCGUCACACCAACAGCCCAACCCGUGCUCGGCAUGCUGCUCAGCUGGCCCUCGCACAUGUACGGGACGGCAGCCAAUCCCUGCACAGCGCUCUGUUCCGGGGCAGUGGAGGUGGAGGACCAUCUGGCCUGGAGAAGCAAGCGGAGGCGCUGCGAGUAAAGAAUGCUGUCUACUGUGCUGUUAUCUUCUGUGAGUUCCUCAAGGAGCUGGCUGCCCUGGCACAAGAGCACGCCGUUACCCUGCCCUUCCCUCACAGCCAGGAGGCAGAGGAAUAGACGGUAAACAUGGACUCGUCAAUCUGUCUUUUAGCCUGCAUUUCUUUUUUUGUUAAGACUGUAAAAAGAGAUUCAUAGGAUUCUCCCAUCACCAGACUGCAGCACUGAGACUUUUCUGUCAAAGAAGUGAGUCGUCUGCCAUGACGCAGACAAACGGCAAGAGGAAAACAGUGGCAUUUUUGUACCAAAAUCAUUAUAGGAUCUUAUAGACUGGAAGUCCUCAUCUGUAAACUAAUGAUAGUGUGCAUAUCAUGUAUUAUAUUUACAUUGUAUACACUGAAGAUCUCAGUAAAUGGGAGAUUUGGGAGCUUGUACAUGCACAUACUAUGUCAUGGUAUCAUGUGACACACUUAAGCCACAGAAGAAAUAGGUGCACAUACUGGUGCUAGUUAAUGCUCUCAUCUUUGAAGCUGAAAGGAUGCGUUCAGGUGGCACAGAGGAGGAGACACUUUGAUCCUCAAGAAAAGUAUGACAAACACCAAAAAACUGUUUGGCAGGGGAAAUGUCGAAGGGGUAGGCUUGUCAGCUAAAUGCAAAGGGAUCCAAUUAGCUUGUUAUCCUCCAUCCAAGAACAAGCCAAUCGUGAAAGCUCAUGAGAAAAAAGAAGAACAGUUGCGGUAAUAUUCAAGAACCUCAUUUUGUUUUGAAAAAGCUCCACUGCUGCAAAUACUAGACAUGGAUGAAUGAGAUAAUAACUGGAAGAGGUGAGGCGAGGGCGCCACUUUAUUUCCUGUGAAUCAGCACGACCAUCACAAAUGUACUGGACAUUAUUUGGUAGUUGAUGUCAUUUUUGUUCAAUAUUGUGUUUUAACGUGUUUGUCUUUUGCAUUUGCUCCAAGUUUUAGACAUAUCAGCAGCACGUGGGAGCAGGUGUGUGUGUGUGUGUGUGUGUGUCGACGUGUAUGUGAGUUUAUUUUAAAGUCUUCAGGCCCUCUGUAAGCCAUUCACCUGUGGCCAUAGGGAGACUGUGGGAAUGAAAAGGCUUCAUUGUCUCCCAAUACCAUACCUUAAAGUGUCAUUUAGUCUUUUCAAAAGACCUGACUGACUAAGGAAAGGAAACUGACAGUUAAGGUCCUAAUGAGGCAUUCACUGACUUCUCUUUAAACAAAUCUUUCUUUGAGUCGUGAGUUCACAAUUUUAAAAAAAACAAAAACAUUUACUUCUUCCCCCAUUUCAGUUUUUGGGAUAAGGUUUUAGGUAGCUUCAAAAUGUUUUGGCCAAACUGAACAUAAAACUGUUCAUCGUGGAACUUAAUGUGCUGCUAUUUCUUUUUUUCUUUUUUUUUAACACUAACACAUUUUUUAAUUAUCACUUCAUUUCAUUGUUAGGUACCAAGUAUUAAAUGUGUAUGUGAGGACGCGGAGGAGUCGGGGCCUGUGUUUUGGUCGGCUUUUAAUUUAUUGUCUAAUGAAGUUUCAAUUGCAGUGUUUAGAGUUAUGCCAAGACGAAACAUUCUCUUUGAAGUUUUAGUGAACUUUUGAGGCUUGGAUUUGUUGCGUGUGGGUAGUUUUAGACGGGGUGAUUCUUCAUUUUAUAGAGCUGCAGUUUAAAAAAACACACAGAUUGAGUUCUUUCUAAAAAAAAAAAGGAAAAAAAAAAGGGAGAAAUAGCCUAUAAAAUGAAGCAUGACACCAGUAUGACUGCAUUGUAAAAUCCAUAGUGUCUUGUGAAGUCAUUUGUUUUUUUGCACAUACUAGCCAUUCUCUGUGGACUCUCAGCAGUCGACAAACUGCCUGCCGUUCUGCAAAGUCUUAAUCUCUGAAACUGAUUAGCACAUCACUUCUUUAUCAUUUUCCUCCUCGAACUGUCAAAGCCAUAGCUGUGGUUGUCCUGUUUGCACAUGUAGAUCUUUUAUCACCGCGGUAAUUCACUUUUCUACAGAAUUUCUAAAAAAAAACAUUUUGUUUUUGUUUUUUAAUAUCAUUAGUUAGGAGUUUCUGCAUGCCAGUUAAGAACAGAUUUAUAAUUAAGUAACAAUUAAACCAUGUGGAAUAAGUUUCCUUCAGUUUGUGCAAUAGUGCCAAGCUUCCGUUAGCUUCCAUGCAGUAGGUUUUAGUGGUUUUAGUGCGUCGUUCUGGUGCCUGCAGAGAUCAACAGCGACAACAAGGACAUGUUUCACACUGAAUGUUUGCUCACGGCUAAUUAAAUUGGUAGAGAAAUCACUUGUGUAUUUGACCCGGCGCCUUCUGUCGCUCCAUCUGUUCACCUAGUCUGUUGCACAUCCAUGUGUUUGGGAUGGAAUUGUUUCCCUUGUACAGAUAAAGAGGCCAGAAGGUGUUGCUGUCCACAAAGUUCCCCCUGCUUUUACUCUCAAUAUUGUCUUUUUUAACUGAUUUGUAAAUUGUCGUGUCAAAGAUGGAGCAGAUUUUGAGCGUGAUGGUAAAUGUCCAGCAGUUACUGUCCGUUUUAGGAAUCUCUGUAACACAUAUGCAGACACCAAAGACAAUCUCUUUACCAAUAACUGAGCCUCCCAGUGUGUUUGUUGUGGCAAUCGUGGACCGUUUAAAGGUUCCCAGUCCUAACAAUUAUAUACGUUUUGUUUUUUUCCCCCAAUAAUAAGGCUGUAAUAUAGAAGCAUUUAAAUGACCAAAUAUGAGACAAAGAGUUGUACUCACAAAAUUUACUGGUGCUAUGACGUUGCCGGAUGAGAGAACUUAUUGCCAAAUCAAUGAAAUUAAGACCCACACUGUAAAGACCCCAAAUUAUUCUUAAGUAGGUGAUUUAUCAGCUGAAGCUUGGAAAGGGAAAGUUGUGAUUUUAGGUUUGUUAUAAAAGGAACUGCUUUGCAACGCUGAGUUGCAGACAAAAGAAAUGGAUUUUAGCCUAUGUACAUUUCUACACUACCACAUUCAUUGAUCACUCCUUACAUUUUGUAUUUAUUUCUAACCCCUUUUUUUUAUUUUUAAGAAGAUAAAAUUAUGGCAAAUUUUUAACAGUCUCUUUUUGGGACGGGAUGGUUUUCCGUCAUGACCUUUGACUUUAUUUUAAAAAAGCGGAAGCUGAAUGAGUGCAGCGUUAUGUGUUUAUUUCACACACAGCGAAAUAAACACAUAAGCAAAGCUUCAUGGCUACUUUGAUAGAUUACAUCACCUUAUCGACAUUGUUUUAAACUCCUAGAAUGAAUGACUGGUAGGUGGAGGUGUGUUCAAACAACAGCAGGGACAGUUGUGGACAGAGGGACAGUCUGUUAAAAAUUACACAGCUUGAUAAAUGUUUCUUUCUUUUUUUUUUUUAUUUACUUCAAACUGACAAAGAUUGCACCAAGUGGUAAACCCAAAGCUAAGCUUAAAAACAAUUGUUUGUUGUUGUUGCUGUCUGUUUCAGACCGAUCUACUUGAACACUACACUUUUUUCUGUCAGUUAAAAAAAACGAGUCUUGUUCUUUUGUUUGUUCGUUUGUUUGUUUUGGAUACAUUUUCAGCAUAUCUGUGUUGUGAAUAUUCAUGGGUACAUGCAAACGUGUUGUAAACAACAAGCCAAAGUAAAAAAAAAAAAAAGAAAAGAAAAGAAAGUCAUGUUUUUAAAUGACAAGCAGCAAGAAAACUUGGCAGUGGAUGAGCUUCACAUAGCAAAGCUUUGUGCCAGAUGAGAAUUGUACUUUGCAACAUGUUUCACCGUAAAUGCACGUCAUACAUAUAUGUACUAUAUGUAUGACAGCUUCACUGUUUCUCACAUUUUGUUAGAAGGCCUCAGUUUGGAACUAGAGUUUGUUUUCACAUGUGAUUACUUCAUGCCAUGUACUCUCUGUGCCAUGGUUUUCGAUUUUUCUAAUUUGGAUCGCUUAUCAUGGGAUGUACAGUAUCUUUUUAACUUUGUUUCUCUUUUUCGUUGGAACGCUUUGACCUCCGUCUCACGUUUCUCCGCUGUGAUCUAUGCAAAACAUGCUCUCCUGUCCCCUGUUUUAAAACUGAGAACGAGACGCUGGAAUGAGUACGCGUGUACAUACUGUAGAAAAUUAGGAAUGGGUCAGAAAUGCAGAGGUAUGUGGUAUAAUUAACAGGUUAGAAUGGAAAUCAUGCUAAAAAAAAUAAUGUAAUGAUGUUGAAUGUUGUCAGAAAUAUUUUUCUAUAUUUUCAAAUCAUUAGGAAAAAAAAGGACAAAAUACAAAUUGGGGGAAAAUGCUGUCAGAAGAACACUACAAAGGGAAUGUUUUUAUUAAUUUAUAAAUUCUUUGCCUAGCAAUA